CAAGGAUCUGGCCCAUGAGAGACACAAAUUAGGCGUAUUGGAAGUGCUAGACGCCUACGGUGGCGGGUCGGUUGAUUUCCGGUGCUAAUCAAGGAUGCUGUUGUUCUUGUUUGUCAUCAUGUCUGGUGUUGUGUGCAGCUGAGGAACGCACGAGGAUUAAUACCGCGUCAAAGACUGAAAAUUCCUUAGGAGGACUGUCGCAGUGAGGUUCAGUCGUAUUUUCGCAGGAGUUGGUUUCUUCACACAGUUGGAAUGCUGGGAAUCGGGCGUUGGAAAGCGUGCUAGUCUUCCGAAAGAGGUGAAAGUCGCACUAUACGGCUGGGCCAUGCGUACGGAAAUACUCGUCGUGCUGAUGGGCGCCGUGAUGGCCGCGGGAACGUCUCAACCCCCCGGAGCCGGUGGAGCGUCUUCACCCCCUCCACACCCAGUGUUCCAAGGCUGGCGUCCCAGUGAACGAAUCGUCAAAACGAAUUACGGAAAAUUGCGCGGCAGAGUCGUAAUGCCGGAGUCGAAAUUCGGCAUCACGCUACAGCCGGUAGAAGUGUUCCUAGGGAUCCCAUACGUCUCACCGCCGAUCGGCACGCUGCGAUUCCUGCCACCCAUGAACUCGCCUCAUUGGGAAGAUGUGCGAGAAGCGGAUCAUUUCGGGCCCGUGUGCCCUCAGAAAAUUCCCAUUGACAGUAAUGAGACCGCAUCACAAGCGACACAGAGGAUGCCCCUAGCACGAGUCGAGUUCCUGAAGAAGAUUUCUAGACACCUCAUCAACCAGUCGGAAGACUGCCUCUUCCUCAACAUCUACACCCCGGCGAAAGUAGCCCGCACCAAUCAGAAACUUCCUGUGGUGAUGUUCAUCCACGGAGGAGGAUACGACUGGGGCAGCGGGAACGCCUACGAUGGAACUCUCAUAUCUUCGUACGCGAACGUCGUCUUUGUCACAAUCAAUUUCCGCCUCGGCAUUUUGGGGUUUUUCCCUGCCAUGGAGCAUGCGUCGAGAGCGAAUAACGGACUCCUCGAUCAAGUGGCAGCACUUCACUGGAUUCACAGGAACAUCGAAGCCUUUGGAGGCGAUCCGGACGACGUCACAAUUUUCGGUCACGGAACCGGAGCCGCUUGCGUAAACUUCCUCAUGAUGUACCCGAUGGCGAAAGAUCUGUUCAAGCGAGGCGUCAUGAUGUCGGGAUCGGCCUUGAGCCCUUGGGCGGUUGCCCGUGACGCGGCAUUGUACGCCAAGCAAGUUGGCCGACAUCUCGGCUGUCCCGUCAGCGAAGCCGCCGCGUUCGUAGAAUGUCUUCGGCAUCGGCCAGUACAGGAUCUCAUAGGGAUUCCGUUGGACGUGCCCGACUACCUAACGGCGUUCGGGCCAACUAUUGAUGGCAGUGUCGUUGCUGGCGAGCCCCGUCAGGAGAUGGCUUCUCUCACGUCCCCGUUCGCACAGCACGACCUUCUAUUCGGAGUGGUGAAGUUUGAAAGCUACUUCGGAUUUUCGAGUCAUGAGGAGAAGCACGGCUUCGAGGCCGAGCGACGUGAUCGGAUUAUCCGGACCCUAGUGCGCAAUCUCUACUCGUUCCAUCAGCAGGAGAUCUUCCUCACCAUCAUUAACGAGUACACAGAUUGGACUCGAUCCAUGCAGCAUCCGAUUAGUGUUCUGGAAGAGACCGCAGAAGCUCUGAGCGAUGCUCUUGUGGUUGGACCAAUUGUUGAGACAGGAUCAUUACAUGCGCAGGCCGUCGCUUAUCGGCGGACUCAUUCCACAACAAAUUUCUACGUAUUCGGCUACCACUCCGAAGACAGUUUGUACGCUCAGAGAACGGGCUGCGUUAACGGCGAGGAUCUUUCAUACGUGUUGGGGGCUCCUCUGUUAGGCACUCCGAACGCCCUUUUCGGCAACUACUCGAGACAAGAGGCACAGCUGUCCGAGAUGGUUAUCAAUUACUGGGCCAACUUCUUCCGUUCAGGAUCACCGAAUGUCUCAGACGCAGACAUGGAAUCUAAGAACAAACUUCGCUCCGAACGGCCCGGCUGGCCUGACUAUGAGCCCUUGCACCAGAAGUUCUUCACUAUCGGGCUCAAACCUAAAAUUCGCGAUCACUAUCACGCACAUCGUCUCUCCAUCUGGAACCGGCUCAUACCGAAAUUGCACCGUGCCGGUGGUGCCGCACUUUCUAGAGACCAUCAUCUCCUCGAGGACUUCGACAACCAGGCCUCGUACGCGGGCGUGGUCCGCAACAUCACAUUGACGACUACUUCGACGUCUUCACCGGUGUCGCUGAGUCCGCCAGGCGGCAAUCCCUCGCAUGUGCAAGCGCAGCAGCCCGAUAUCGAAGGACGUCCUCUCCUCCCGAACCAUCUCGAUGGCGGAGGGGGAGAACUACAGAAUCGAAGCGAGUCCCAGUUCAUGUCUGGUUUAGCUGGAUUCCCCCAGGGCACUUAUUCGACUGCCCUGGGGGUGACGAUAGCGGUAGGCUGCUCGCUUCUCAUCCUGAACAUCCUUAUAUUCGCUGGGGUGUACUACCAGAGAGACAAAGGCCGAGGUAGCAGCGGCAAGGGCAAGGAGAGCCACAAAGUACAGGUACGACCCGCCAACUCGAAUUCAAUCAGAGACACGACAGUUCCAAACAGCACAAGGCCCUCACGCAAAGCCAGCAGCAGAGAAGCCUCAACGCCAGCCCAGCUCCCACUGCAAAGAACCCUUCCUCUCAGAAAAGUGUCCACUUUACCGAGACACCAACAACGCAACUGUACGACGACAGCAUCUGCGCAGCAAUACCAAGCGAUUACACUUCAACGAGCGGGGGCGUCGAUGGCGAGCCAGGGCUCGGUCUCGUCCUCGCAGGCGGCACCCUCCAGCGUCAACUGCAACUCCAACGACAUCAUCACCACCACCACCAACAACUCAGCCACCACCAUCAACUCCAACACCAUCUCCAGAACACAUCACAGCCAUCAUCUGCAGCAGCAGCAGCGACAACAACAACAAGCGGCGUCGGCAUCGGAGUGCUGCAACCAGAUCUGCUUGAGCUACAGCGAGUUUCAAACUCUACCACAUCCUCCACGCUCUUUGUUGGCGGCAGCGGCUGGCCACACGGCUCCGCAGCAACUUAAGAUGCUCCCAGCUCAUCGACACUUAGUCCUAGUAUUCUCGGUCGUCCUCGCAUCGACCGACGUCGAUGAGAUCUUGAAAAUUGUGGGAGAAGCCAUCGACAAGGCGGCCAGUCCGGGAGACGCAGCGAGAUACAAGGAAUCAGCCGAGAAAGUCCGACCUUGCAUCGAGGGUCUGAUUCCUAAACUGAAUGGAACAACUCUUUCGAACGUCAUGCGUGCAGUCAUUCCCGUGGCGGUGGAAUGUAGCGGAGAAAUCAAAGGGCUUGAUGAUGCCGCGGUGCGGAAAUCCAAAUUCACUGACUGUGCCCGGAGCCGCGCGAUAAGUCUCAUCAUGUCCGUCUCAGAUUCUGAGAAAGCUGCUUUCUUCGAAGCGAAAGCCUGCGUCAUGUCGUUCAUGGUUGAGGUGUUGAAGCAAUAA